UCUCUCUCUCUCUCUGGCUUUACCUUUUUGUCUCGCUUUCUCUGUGCUCAUGUGACCCUCCGACCAAUGCCAAGUUGCCUUUACUGUCAAGGGUGUAAUACAGAAGUGAAUAUAGUGAGAAAUACUCAGAAAACUAAUGACGUGUUCUUCUUUUCAGUUUCACUGUAAGCUAUUUUCUCUCCUAGUUAUUUCUCCUUUUCGACACACCUCAGCAACUUUUUAUAUUAUUAUGUUCUUUUUAUGUGUUUAUUUUCCUCUGUGUCAUUCAGCUGGGCAGCUUCAACGUUUAUUCUCAGGUUCAGCAAUCUCUCAACGUUCUUAUUUCUUUUUAGUCCAAACUGCCUUUCGGAUCAAAAGUGGUCUUGCUGUCAAUUGACCUAACAAAUCUGAGGAAUGUGAACGAUUUCUUCUCCCGAGCACUUUGGAUUACCACAAGUCGGAUAUUUUGUUUCCUUGAGGAGGAUUAUAACAUCAGUCAAGUCUGUGUGUUCGUUCAUCGAGGAGGCCAAGUGGAUAUUAAAACCUCAACAGUCGGUGCCCAGCCAUAACAUUGUGCCAAGUCAGAGGACACCGCGGACCUUUUCAGGAUAUUGUUUCUGAAUUACUUGGAACGUUGAGUUUCUGGCUCCCUCACCGUUGGACAUUUUGUAUGAUGGUCUAGGACAAAGGCGCACCCUGUGCAGAGCAUGGCGGGCAUCGUAAAGAAGUGCCCGUGCCUGCGUCCAAAGAUCGAGGAGGAGGUCCGUGUGUUGGACUACCGACACUCUAGCCUGCACGAUGUACCCAGCGAGGUGUUCAACGUGGAGAGGACUCUGGAGGAGCUCUACGCAGACUCCAACCAGAUCAGGGAUCUGCCCAGGAAUGGUCAAGCUGCGAAUUCUGGAGAUGAGAGAGAACCACUUGAAGACUUUACCCAGAUCUUUUAGCAGACUAGUCUCUCUCGAGAGGCUAGACAUCGGGAAUAACGAGUUCACAGAACUGUCUGACGUCAUUGGUGGACUGGUCAACCUCCUGGAGCUGUGGUGUGACCACAACCAGAUCACUAACAUCACACAUAGUAUCGGCCAACUGAAACAGCUCAUGUUCCUAGACGCCAGCCAGAACCAGCUGCAGGAACUGCCGGGGGAGAUCGAGGGCUGCGUCUGUCUGGCAGACCUUCACCUUACCAGCAACAACCUGCUCUCCUUGCCUGAUUCAGUCGGCAAUCUCAACAACUUGACUACUUUGAAAGCUGAUGACAAUCAACUGACGUCAUUACCCAAGACACUUGGAGGAUUGGCAGCAUUGUCAGAGCUCAACGUCAACACAAAUGACUUGCAAGACCUGCCCGCCAGUAUUGGACUGUUGAGAAACUUGAGGACAUUUUAUGCAGAUGAGAAUCUGCUUGAGUUUGUCCCGGCAGAGCUUGGCAGCUGCAGUGGCAUUACAGUAUUAUCUCUGCGAAGCAAUCGACUAACCUACAUCCCAGAUGAGCUGGGUCGAAUCCCUCGACUACGUGUUCUAAAUCUGAGCGACAACCUUCUUCGACAUCUGCCCUUCUCCAUUGUCAAACUGAAGGAGCUACAGGCCUUGUGGCUCACCGAGAACCAGACUCGUCCUCUCAUCCCUCUUCAAUCUGAGUAUGAAGCAGACACAGGAAGGAAAAUUCUCACAUGCUAUUUAUUACCUCAAGGAGAGAUGAAGGCCAAUGACGAGCGUGACCCAGCAGGGGACAACGAGAGUUUCCACGCCUCCAUGUGGGAUGAGGAAAGACUGCGCAGACAACAGAUCCACUUUGACUUUGCCGAUGACUCUGAUGAAGAGGGAACGCUAGUCCGAUGCCCGACACCUUACCCAAAAGAAAUGCGAGAGAAGGUGAGGCAUGCUCGCAAUCUGGCGAUGAGGCAAAUGGUUGGUGUGUCUGAUGGACAGGCUGAGGACAGCAUGGGAGAUAACCCUGACAGGGGAGAGAGAAAUUCACGGAGAGAUGAGAAGGAUGGGCAAUCAGGCUCUGGCUACAGUCGAGUCCCAAAUCAUCCGGAUGUCCGCAUGAGAGAAGCAAGAAUCACAAAGCCAACGUCUCCUACUUUCCAAGAGUCCCAUCGAUUGUACAGAUAUGACAAAGAAAAGAUCUUAAAAGACAAGGCUCGGAUGCAGCAUCGGUUGUCAAUCCCCGAUCUUGAGUCUGAUGUCAGCGCACUGUUGAAGGAGGAGCGGGGAAAGGAAAAGAAAAGGAAAUCUCCUGAGGGUGCCAUUUCUCGACGUUCAGGGUCGGUCCCAGACCUCAACAGAGGCUUAGCUGACGAUGAGACGGCCGAUGAUCCUGAGAUUGCCCCCACCUCUGUGCCAGCAUUUAUCCCUUUUGAGGACCUCUACUAUAACCAAAUAGUUUCUCGACGCAGAGGCCACAGAUCCCGCCGUAUGAGGGACUAUGACUCAGACACGGGGUAUCGCAGUGACAGAGAGAUUGUCCACUUUAAGAGAGAAGCAGGUGAUGAUUCUAGCAAGGGGGCUAACUCUGAUGUUAUGUCUGUGCGCUCGCAGCCACUUCCACAUAGUUAUCGUAACCACCGGCACAGAAGAAAAGAUGGCAGUGGUGUAGGUUACGCUAGUGAUUUGGAGUCAUACAGUGCCGGCGUGUUUGGCACUGCCAAUGAAGCAGCAGCAGCAUUUCUGCAGAAACGGCAGCAAGGUCCCCCACCCUCUCAAUCACAGCAGCAGCAACAGUGUCAGCUCAGUCAAAACUCUGCUCAAAGCAUGCCCUUUAACCUCAACAGAACAUCACCAUCACCGUACAAUACUCCUCGAGCAUCAAGAAAUUUCCGUCCCGAUUCACCAUCAAAAUCAGAACCACAUCAUCCCAAUUACAGCAGCAGACCCAACAGUGAUUACCAACUAAACUACAUGAGGGGACAUAACGUAAACUCUACUUUUGAUGCUAACAGUACUGUUUCAAAUGACGAGUUCUACAAAUCUCCACAUGGCAAUGAAUCUCUGUUAAAGGUUCAAUUCAGGAGCAGUGAUUCAAAUGAAAGACUGUCAGCUGAGGAAAAAGAUGUUCAGUCACUUGCAUCUGUUCAGACCAACAAUGGUUGGAGACCACAACAGGGGUCUCAACACCCAAACUCACAUGCUCAAAACCAGAUUGCUCCUGGUUCACCCUUCCACCAGCGGGCUCUGAACCUUGACCCUUCAUCACAAAACCGACAAGGUCAGAAUCUGAAACCUACGGUCGCUCCAAAGCCAACCCUUCAAAGUAUGGGUGGGAGCAAUCAGUCCUUGUCCGCACCUCCCCAGACCCCUUCCCCAUCCACGCCUGUGUUUCAAAAAGACAGUUUCCUGGACCAGAGCACACCAGUGACAAGCCAAGCACCUGUUUCUCUCAACUCUGCUGCAGUGAAUCCCAAUUUAACUCCGGGCAGAGAGCGACGGGCUAGCGGGCUGUAUACAGUAUUAGAAGAGCGUGGUGGUCCCCACAAACUCUUGCCUAGUCACAUGUCAGCUCGCACCAGCAUGCCUUCACCAUCACCCCCACCAUACCAGCCAGCCCCACCCUACAGAAAAUCAAUGGACCCUGGCGGAAGUGUAACACCCCGUAGCGAGCCCCUCUCAAGCAACUCUUCCUCUAGUCGAGUGGACUCCCCCCACACCACCCUCCCAGCGUCAGUUACGCAGCAAAUGGCAGCCAUGGCCAUCGCCGAACCCCAGCAGCAAUGCCUCCACACUCCCCCUCCUCCUGUGGGAUCUGUCCCAAACAUCAACCGCUCUCAGUCAUCCCCGUGUGGUUUCCAUGGCAGCAAUCCAUACUCUGACCUCCCAGCCACGCCUCGGGAGAAAUUGUCCUACUCAGACUAUGCUGACUUUGACCGAAGGAGCCGUGGACCCCAUCAUAGUAAUGAGUCGGUCCAUCUCGCAGCUGGUGGCAGCUUAGCGGGUUACCAUGACAACCAGACCAGCAGAUCAGGUAGCAGCUCAUCGCAGAUUGGUUCUGCGUCUCAGAUUGGUAUAGGUUACCACUCCCGGGGUGGUGCAACUGGGGGUGGAGGUGGCAUCAUGGUGAGAGACCGUUCAAACUCAUCGGAGUCCAGGACUAGUGAUUUCCACGCUCACUCUUCUUCACAAGAUUCACCUCGACCUGAAAGUGUCUAUGGGUCAACGCGACGAAAUUCUCAACAUGGAGGUCGUGUCACCUUUGACCCAGCCACGGGGGCUCAUGUUUCAUUUGAAAGUCCGAACUAUGAAGAUUUGACUAUGAUUACCAAUCAAGAACAAUCGUCUCAAGUUUCCAGUUCAACUGACAGUGGGUAUGGCCAUGGACAGCAUGUGUAUGAACGGAUUGGUGACUUAGUUAAUGCUAGGGGGGAGGGGUUUGCUUCCAGAGGUGGACCAGGCUCCCAUAGUUCAGGAGCUACAUCAACACCUCCCUCACAGAGACAGACGCCAGUACGACAUCACACUACAGGGAAUCCACCAUCUCGAGAGUCAACACCCAUCAAGGAUCAUGUGAUACCAGAUUCCACCACAUCUCAGGAUCACAGGGAUGAGUUCCGAGUCACCAUCAAGAAGAAUCCUGGUCUUGGUUUCUCAAUAGCUGGAGGCUCUGGUUCCCAUGGUAACCCAUACAGACCAAAUGAUAAGGGAAUCUUUGUCACUAAAGUGAUUCCAAAUGGUCCAGCUGCACAGACAUUACGGCCUGGAGACAAAUUGUUAGAGGCUAACAAGAUGGAUUUCCGGAACAUCGAGCACAACCAAGCUGUGGCCAUAUUGAAAAACAACAGCAGUGUCAGUCUUCUUGUGGAAAGAAUACAAAAGGUCAACAUGGUGUAAAGAAUUUUGAACUCAAAAAUAUCAAUAUAGGGCAGCUCGUUUCAUGUUUUGAUCAGUGAAAUCUCUGUGUUUUGUUUCCUCAGUAAAGAUAUUGGAUAAUUUUGUAAAUAUAAUUAUUGUUAUUAAUGUAUGUUUAAAUGAAACUGCUUUAUAAAUUGUUUUACAAUCAAUGUUCUUCCCAAAGUGACUCACUGUUGAUUUUAGAUCAUUCCUGUAGAACCGAUUAUAAUAGAUUUUUAUAUAUCCAAGUUCUGUAAUUUUGUCUGGCAAAAAAAUGGAUUACAAAUAUGUUGGGUUUUUCUCUGUUUUCAUUUUUAGCUACCUAACAUGCUAUGUUAGAUAACUCAGUUCUAAGAACAGAAGUGGAAAAAUGUUUUAGUUUACAUUUUCUCUUGUAACAAAUUGUCUGAAAUGCAUCUGUUUCAGAACAUUCUACAUGUGUUAAAUAAAGGUACCAUACAUUACUUUUUUAAUAAAUUGAGAAGCUGUAUAAUAUUAGGAGUAUUUAAAGUUGGGUUUUUACCAAAUUUUAAGCUACAGGCCCCAUCUCUUUCUAUUGACAAAUUUUAUCAACUUUUCCAUUUAACUUUCAUUUUCUGUGGUUAAAUUGCAUAAUUUUUUCAGUGUAAUUCCCAAAGUGGAGACCUCAGAACAAGGUGUGAGAGUUGCAGUUAUUUAGUGCGGUAAAUGAAUGCUGAUAUUGUACCUUAUUCCAAUUAAGGACUUAUAUUCUUAGCACUGUUACUGGAAGAAAAGAAUGGUGUAGAUUUAUUUCUUUACUAAAAAAAAGUCUAAUCUAAUUAAAUGUGCAUUUCUCUUUUACAAGAUAAAAUCUGUAAAUUCAUGAUGCCAAUCAGCUUUUUCAACCUUCGACAGAAUUGCUGAAUUUGUUUGGGUAUAGACAGAGGGGAUGCGCCUUACUGGAUUUUUCAAAGCAUCUUUUUGAUUACUUGAUAACCCGAUGCUCCUAAGAUGCCUGGUGCAAACGGAGUGGAAGCUCGGUCAUUAAAACUUUUCAGUAGAUCUAGAUCAAUUGACAAAGGUGUUUUUCAAUGGUUAAUGUUAUCAUGGUUGCAUAAACAGUGACGAGCCUGAUGUCGAUAUUAGGUGCAUAGAAUAAAUCAAAGACAAAAAGUGGGGAGAUCUAAUGGAUGAAAUACUAUGAAGCCAACUAUUUUACUCUCAGCAUUUAUUAUCGAAUUUCUGUUGCUGUAGAUUAAUCACCCUUGUCAUAAAGGCAUUUUCUUUUUUCAACUGCGUGAAUAAAUGCUUUCGUCCAUUUUUCUCGACGUUGUUAUAAAAAACGAGUUGUAAUAAACACGAUCUUACACUCUACACACACUAUAGUGAGGUCAGAAUUUCA